UCUGUGUGGACCUUAUUAGCUCCGAGCUCUGACUGCCUGUUCCCUGGAGAGGAGUGUUGUGAUGUGGAUGGAGCCAGUGGGCAAAGAAAUUCAAUGCUGGUCGUUCACGGUUCACCUUUAAACACAGACACUCUCACUGAAGGCCUCCUACCCUUUAACAAGUGAUACUUGCAAAUGUGGCACCCAUUAGCUUUGACUGAACCCAGUUGUGGGAGAUGUUCCACUCUUUCCAUUAUCAUUUCAUCCCAGCAUGUAGCCCCACGCUGCCCCCUACUGGCCCUUGUUUAAAAGCACUUGUUUAAGUGAAUGAGGGGGACUGAGUCAGUAGAUUACAGAAGACAUUCAAAAACGUGGAGCUCCAAUAAAAGUUGCAUAACACAGUAUUACUGUAUUUCCCUUAUGGCAGUGUGAUGCGUUCAAGGUUUGCAUCUGCUGAGGUGUGGCUGUUAACCCACCCACCCCAACCCCUGCUGUUGUAUGUAUUAAGGGGCUGACGCGUGUCAACCCUCCCCACGCAGCACGAGCCUCCUUCCAUCAACCCCUCAGCAGGCAAUGACAGUAGGGCACGUGUUUCUUCACACCUCACACCCAAAUGGCCACAGAGACAGAGAUACUGAAAGGUGAAGGGGUUGAAGAGUUCAACUUAUUAAUGUAAUCAAUCAGACUGUGCCAUUACUCGAUCCAUUACUCUUAAACCUAAUUACAGUCGUGUCACCCGGUUGGCCCAUUAGACUAAAUGAUACCUGUACAUACGCUCAAACCCUUCACAUGAGAGACAGUGGAUGCAGGAAGCAGGUAUCACAUUCUAAUCAAAUAUGCAGUAAUCUAAGAAAAAUGUCUCAAACAGGUCAAUCUCUCAUCUUUUUUAAAAAAAAAUCUACACUCAAAAUUAAAACAGAAAGUGGCCAAAUGUUCGGAGUUUGCCGAAGUGUGACUUCACACCUCACCAUCGUGGCGCAUGGAAACACUUGGAGACGCGUCAAAAGCGCAAUUUGGCACCGCGGCUGCCUCGGGCCCCCCUGAUAAAUAGGAGGUUCCUGCUUUCAGUCUCACAUCCUCUGGGGACUUUACGCAGGACUGACAACUUACAAGGAGCCAUGGAGACUUUCGCCGCCAACAGUGGAUUAACUUCUGCUUUUUCUGGAGACAAUGUUACCCAGCAGUCCAACUGGUGGAGACCGUGGACUGGAAAGGAUCAGAGAACUGACGCACAUAAGACUCAUUCCAUGCAUGGAGACCUCUCUGAUGCACAGUGCCCCAAAACUCCUCAGGUCGUUCACCCAGUGAAGUUGUACUGGCCUAAAUCGAGAUGCUUCGAUUAUCUGUACCAGGACGCAGAAAUGCUCCUGCGCAACUAUCCGGUCCAAGCGACCAUCUGCCCUUACGAGGACUCCAGCAGCGACGAAGACAGCGAUGAUGAAGAGGAGGAAGUGGAGAAGGAGCUGAACUAAACCUCACCCUUCGAAGCCUUUAAAGACAAAAAGUUUCCUAAUGUGAUAAUAUAUAUUUCUCCUAAUUUAUUCCUGUAAAUAUGUGUAAAUAGAUCAUUUUUCAUUUCUAUACCAAAGUGAGAAUGUAAAUCCUUAAGUUAUUCCUUUAACGUUUCUACCUCUUUUGUAUUUUGUUGAGCAUUGCAAUAAAAUGCAUGAAAUGGG